AUGUUAGAUGAUUUUAUAGCUGGAUGGAUAUCAGGAGGUAUAGGCCUUGUUGUUGGUCAUCCUUUUGAUACUAUUAAAACACGUGUACAAACGAUAAAACAAUUUAAUGGUCCAUAUCAUUGUUUAUUGAUAACUGUUAAAAAUGAAUCAUUAAAAGGUUUAUAUAAGGGAAUGCUUGGACCAAGUGUAACUAUUGGAUUUCAAAAUUCAUUACUUUUUUCAGGAUAUGGGUGGACAUUAAAAAUAAUUAAUAAUGAUUAUGAUAAAAAUAAUCUUCCAAUGAGUAAUAUUAUUUUUGCAUCAAUUAUUGGUACAUGGUUACAAUUAAUUCCAGCAAUUCCUAUAGAUAAUCUUAAAACAAAACUUCAAAUACAAAGAAAUUUAAAUAAUAAUAAAGAAUAUUACAAAGGUCCUAUUGAUGGUUUUAUUAAAAUUUUUAAAAAAAAAGGAUUAUUUGGUUUAUAUGAGGGUGGUUGUGCAAUGUUCUGGAGAGAUAAUAUAGGAUAUUUAUUUUAUAUACCUGUAUAUGAAAAAUUAAAACGUUAUUUAAUUGAUAAGAAAUAUAAUGAAAAUUUAUCUCAAUUAAUUGGUGGUGGUUUAGCUGGAAGUAUAUCAUGGUUAAGUAUAUGUCCUAUUGAAGUUGUUAAAAAUAAACUUCAAGUUAUGGAACAAUUAGAUAAAAAAAAUAUUAAAAAAAUGAAUUAUAAAUUGAUUUAUAAAAAAAUAAUAAAUGAAGAUGGAAUUAAAGGUUUUUACAAAGGUGGAUUAAUUUUAGUAUGCCGUGGCUUUCUUACAAAUGCCGUUGUCUUUUUUGUUUAUGAAAAUAUUAUGGGUAUUUGGGGUGAAUUAUUCAAGUCAACAAAUCAUUAA